AUGGUAUGGUAUGGUAUGGUAUGGUAUGGUAUGGUAUGGUAUGGUAUGGUAUGGUAUGGUAUGGUAUGGUAUGGUAUGGUAUGGUAUGGUAUGGUAUGGUAUGGUAUGGUAUGGUAUGGUAUGGUAUGGUAUGGUAUGGUAUGGUAUGGUAUGGUAUGGUAUGGUAUGGUAUGGUAUGGUAUGGUAUGGUAUGGUAUGGUAUGGUAUGGUAUGGUAUGGUAUGGUAUGGUAUGGUAUGGUAUGGUAUGGUAUGGUAUGGUAUGGUAUGGUAUGGUAUGGUAUGGUAUGGUAUGGUAUGGUAUGGUAUGGUAUGGUAUGGUAUGGUAUGGUAUGGUAUGGUAUGGUAUGGUAUGGUAUGGUAUGGUAUGGUAUGGUAUGGUAUGGUAUGGUAUGGUAUGGUAUGGUAUGGUAUGGUAUGGUAUGGUAUGGUAUGGUAUGGUAUGGUAUGGUAUGGUAUGGUAUGGUAUGGUAUGGUAUGGUAUGGUAUGGUAUGGUAUGGUAUGGUAUGGUAUGGUAUGGUAUGGUAUGGUAUGGUAUGGUAUGGUAUGGUAUGGUAUGGUAUGGUAUGGUAUGGUAUGGUAUGGUAUGGUAUGGUAUGGUAUGGUAUGGUAUGGUAUGGUAUGGUAUGGUAUGGUAUGGUAUGGUAAUGGUAUGGUAAUGGUAUGGUAA